GGAGGGUGAGGGGCGGGGCGGGGUGGGGUUGAGGUAACGGGCGGGCGCUGUAGCGGCUCCCAUCACCAGCAGCAGCACCAGCAGCACCUCCAUCAGCAGCGGCUGCUUCGUCUUCACUAUAUUCGCGAUUUCCAAUAGCAGGGUAGGCAAAUCGGCGAGCCAUGGCGUGCGGUUGGCAGAAGGUGGCAUUUGUGGCGCUGUGCGCGUGUCUGGCGCUGGCCAAGCCCACGGCGGAGAAGAAGAACCGCGUGCACCCUGACGAGCCGCUCAGCGAUAAGAAGCACGACGACGAGCAGAGCUUCGACUACGACCACGAGGCCUUCCUGGGCGCCGAGACGGCCAAAACCUUCGAUCAGCUCUCACCCGAGGAGAGCAAGGAGCGCCUCGGGAAAAUAGUGGAGAAGAUCGACAGCGACGGCGAUGGGCUGGUGACGCAGGACGAGAUGACCAUGUGGAUCAAGCACACGCAGCGGCGCUGGGUGUAUGAGGAUGUCGACCGCCAGUGGACGGGCCACGACAUCGACGGCGAUGGCUCCGUGUCGUGGGAGGAGUACCGCAACGCCACUUACGGUUUCCUCGCCGAGGAGGCGCAGGGCGGCGAGGAGGACGGCUUCAACUACAAGCAGAUGCUGGGGCGCGACGAGCGCAGGUUCAAGGCGGCCGACGUGGACGGUGACGGGCAAGCCUCCAAGGAGGAGUUCACCGCCUUCCUGCAUCCCGAGGAGUUUGAGCACAUGAAGGACAUCAUCGUCACUGAAACCAUGGAAGACAUUGACAAGAACGGAGAUGGCUUCAUUGAUCUGAACGAGUACAUCGGGGACAUGUACAACCAGGCCGGGGAGAGCGAGGAACCCGAGUGGGUGAAGACGGAGCGACAGCAGUUCACGGACUUCCGCGACACCAACAAGGACGGCAAGAUGGACAAGGAGGAGACGAUGGCCUGGAUCCUGCCCUCGGACUACGACCACGCGGAGGCAGAGGCCCGCCACCUCGUCUACGAGUCGGACAGCGACAAGGACGGCAAGCUGAGCAAGGAGGAGAUCCUGGACAAGCACGACCUCUUCGUGGGAAGCCAAGCGACCAACUUUGGCGAGGCCCUGACGCGGCACGAUGAGUUCUAGUCCCCCCCCCCCCUCUCCCUCUCCCUGUCAGCCCCCCACCGCCACCGCCACCGAGGCUUUCUUCUUCUGCCCUGACGGCCGCGACACCCGAGGCCUUCCAGGGGGGGAAGGGGCCGGGAAACACCGCCGAGGGCCGACAAGCGACAGGAAUAAAGUCGAGCGCGCGACAGAGAACGCUUCUCCGUCCUCCCUCUGCAUUGCGGGCAACGCGUCUCCCCUAGGGAGAAGUGCGAGGGGAGGGGUGGGUGGGUGGGUGGGGGGGAACGAUCGCCCCUUAUCUGUGUGCGUCGUUCGGUCGCGCACGUAAUCCGCGUUUGUUAAAACGCGAUGCGCGUAGCUAACACGGAGGCACCCACUGACCCCCCCCUUGGCCCUUCUCUAUUUUCACAUGAGCUGGUUGUACCUUUGUGUGGGUGGGGUGGGGGGCGAGGGAGGCGUGGUUGGUGGUUGCCAAUUAGGGAUGACCACUGGAUCUCGACAAAUUUGCCUCUAAAAGUGUUUGCUGCCGACAAAAAAAAAACGUGAUGCUAUUAUUUCCCGAGUUUAAACUUCAAAUUAAGUUCAAAGUAAGCCACUUGUGACAAAUGAUAAUGUACGCAAUUGUUAGAGUAGCUCGUAUUUUAACUACGUCAGUGCUUCCACGCGUUUAACCGACCUCGCCUCGGUUUUACUCGCCCACGGUUGUACCCACCACGGUUUUACUCGCCCUUCCGUGCGCAGGAUGAUGGCGGCCGACUGCUAAGAACAAACAAAAAAUGCGCGGCAGAGGAAGGAAAUUUGUCCGACCAAGAGGCUUGCAUAGCGUACCACAAAGCACGGCAUUUUGUGUUCGAGUGGGCGGGGUUGGGGGGAGGGUUAGGGGGGGGUUGGGAAGUGUUUUGAAGUGAAUGCAAGACACUGUUAGAUCAUUACUGCCCAAUUACUGCAGCUCAUGUAGAGUUUUAUAUUUUUUUCUUCCCCCCCCCUCACCUCUUUCCUCCGACGUGCCCGAUAAAUGCACAGCGCUGUGCAGGCUGCUGUGCCUAUCCCACUGCGAAUCACGCCGUGCCGCUUUCUUUUAGCCUGCGCACGCUCCAGUGAGCACAUUCGCCGCAACCGCAUUCCCUUUCAACUCUGCGGUAGCGGCGUCGGCGGCGAUGCCGGUGGCGGCGUUGUUCUUACGCUCGUUUCCUGGCGUUGACGCUCGAUGCAUCCCGUCUGCCCAGUGCGGCGAAUUCCCCGAGUUGCGGAACGCGUUGUUCUCGCUCGCGGUGUUUGACUGGUCCGCUUUCCACCACCACCUCCCCUGCCACCCCCUACCCUCUGCUUUCCUUUCGUUGUCGGUCCGUUUGAAUGAGCCUCCCCCCACCACGCCAAGCAAGAGACGGCCGUCAAUUCAUUGUGGGCACGCCGUAACGACGAUUCCUAUCGGUAAAACUCGUGUACGGCUGCCCUGUCGACCGCCACCGACCGACACGAGCAUUCAAGAGUUCCACUACCUUCAGCUGUUGUCGGAUCCACGGGCUGCAUAGUUGUGGGGGUGUUGGCUACAGAUCUUCCGUGCUUGUUGCUGUACGCGGUUGUGUGUAGUUAUGCAUCUUGUUCCGUCCUCAAAGGAAAUUCCUCUCCAGUUGCUGGGAUGUUUCCCCAUCUGCUGAGUGGCACGUUGUUGGAGUGUGGCUGGUCGCCUGGCUGGGGGUACAUCUUAUGUCGUCUCCGUUGUCGUCAUCGGCGGCGGCGGCGGCGGCAGUGUGGGUGUUGACAGAAGUCUGUGGGCCAAGAGCAGGCCUCGCUUUCAGCUGAGGUGGCAAGACACUUCGUGGUACCAAUAUACAAACGUCCGUUGCCAGUCAAAUAAUGUGGUGACCCCCCAUUUGGAAUUUAUAAUGUUUGGCCGUUAGGUGUGUGCCAAAAUCUCCAUUCGUGGAUCACCAAUAAAUGAUAACGUUAAGGAUGCACGCAUUGAAUAUAAUUGAUUGAUUCCAAUUCGUACAAAUUGCACGUGACGUGUUACAUUUCGACUAAUGGAGUGAACACGACGACUACAAUACAGCGGGGACGGUGACAUUACAACGCAAAAAAAGUUGUUUCUUUGAAUCAAAUCGCAACCCCGCUCAUGAAAUGCCUAGGGGGGCUUUGAGCAGUGAUGUGCCAUGCAAAUUGGCCAUAUAUAUAAACCCGAUUGAUACCGUAAAUGCGUUUGGCAAACGAGUUGGGUCUGCGCCCACUGAUUAGAUGGAUCGGACGUGUGUGUGUGUGUACCCAUGCUGCCCGGUGUCAGCGGGCCGAGCGAAAUCGUGAACGGUGAAUCGUGCCGCUCCCAUUGGCAGUAUUUAGAACGACCCUUGGACGCAGUGAAAAUGCCUCGCUACUGAUAUUAGUUGUUGCCAGCAUUUUGUUUUUACCCGAGGGAAGCACGCAAGCACAGCAGAUGAGUGUGUACAUAUUUUAUUUUUUAUCGGUAGGAAGGCCGCAAACGGAGUCCCCUAUUGCCUUCUCUGGUCACAAUCGGCGCUUUGUCGCUCCCUAAUUGAAGCUGCCUGCAUUUAAUCGUUUUAUAUUAUAUAUGUAAACAGUUCUUCGUAUAUAUUUAAAGGUGAAUUAUUUUUUCCCCGCGUUGCGUUACUGUCGCGGUUCACACAAGAAAGAAACACUUUUAAUGUGGUUACAAAACGUUCAAAAUGCAAAAAAACCUCUACGUUGUCAAACGAUGAAGCAUUGAUGAAAUAACAGUGUUCACAGUUCAAUACUGAAUAAUAUACUGCAGAGUUGGCGCGUGGGCCAUAUGGAAUGGGGGAAGCUUGCAGUCUCAAAUAUCAAGCGGACAUUAUUUCCGAUUUUUUUAAAUGAAAGAAUCAAAAUGUCUCGAUCCGGCGAUUAAUUUCGUCGCGAAGAUGACGAUUAGCCGGCUUGUCGCGCGCGCGAUGUGAGAUUCAUAUUUUGCAAUAAAUUAACGAUGCGACGGUG